UGACACUUUGCUUUUCAACUUUUCUUCCGCAACUCGGGCAUGAACACGCCUGAAUCAAACGCAACCAGCUCCUUAACGCCCGACUCCAACUCCACCUUCGUCCCUCAGGUUUUAUCUUACAAUGACUGCAUGACUUGUCGCAUCAUAGGAAGCGGCGCGUUCGCUGCCACUGGCAUCUAUGCACUGAGAAUGGCUCGUCCCAAUGCGCCGGGGAGUAUAGUGGGCAAAAGGAUCGUGGGUGGACUAGGAGUUUGUUUUUUAGUGGGGAGCGUUCUGAGGUGGCGAAUGUGAAGUCAGAUCGGGGAACCCAUUGCUGGGUACCGUAGUGUGACAGUUCACAUUGGAUUUCUUACAAGAGCACUGCCAGAUGAACGAAAAAACUGAUUGUUCACUAAAUUAUGAUCAACACUAGCCUAGUCUUCGAGUCUUGCUAUCAAUUGUCUGCGUGAAUGGCUAUGUGCAAACCCUGGAAAACGGGAGUGAAGCGACUUAUCGUGGCCUCCAGAAUCCUCUUUUCAAAGGACAGGCCUUGGUAAUAUGGUACAAUGCUUCGGUCACUGUUCUCAAACC